GAAAAUAGUAAAAUAAAAACGACUUUAUGGAAUGCCCUGAUAUAUAAAUUUAAAAAAUACCAGUUUACGCCUACCGUUUUUCAUGAAAUAAGAUAAUUUCAAUUUGUCACAUGUUUUUCCAUAGGUGGUGACGCUGUCCUUCAAAAGUUUUGAUAUGGAAGAGGGGGGUUGUAAUUAUGACUUUUUACAAAUCAAGGACGGGUCGUCUAUAUCAUCCCCUCACAUUGGAGUGUUUUGUGGGAGCGACCCACCUAUUAAUGUCAGAAGCACCAAUAAUCAGCUCUAUUUGUGGUUCAGCUCUGAUUCAAGUAAUGUCGGAGAGGGAUUCGAGGUGACCUAUACAGCAGCAGGUAAAAUGUGUUUAUAUAGUGUGGAGUAUUUGAAGUUCGUUAGAAAUUAUCUUAGUUUUAUGUCUAUAUGGUAUACACCCGUGGUAUACGCAGCUAACGAAAAUUGACCGGUACGGGUCAAAAGCUGGACCGGUACGGGUUAACGGUUUUAUUUGAAUUUAAAACAGCCAUAACUUGCUCAGUAUUGACUUCCUCGUGUCUAAUUUGAAAUAUAUGAUGCCUCCCGAUGCUUUUAAGUACCCCAAUUUUUUAAAGAUUUUUAAACGGACCAAAACUCUCUAAAUGCGCAUUUAUGCUCUUUUCUCUCGAGAACGACUGUCUCAUUUUCA